ACCGUAACUUAGUCCUAAUUUGCAUAGUAACCGUCACCCAUAUCAUGACAAUAUCAACUGAUCGCGUCAAGUGUCUUUUGUGUAAUUAGCGUGCAGGCAUUCUUGCGGACAAGAAACGACGUGAACACGGUUUAAUUUCACUCCCUUCUGUUGUGCAUGACAAAGGACGGUCACUGGAACGAAAGCGAAAAUGGCACUUGAACAAGUCUCGGAGUUUCUGAACCAGAUGACAGAAGACAUGAGCGAGCUGACCAGGUAUCUAGGUGACAACCAGAGGGCGUUAGGCCUGGGUAUCGGUGCUGCCAUCGGCGCGGCGACUCUGGGAUAUUAUAUGCUGUCCUCCCCUCGAUCACUAAUGGAAGCACCCAUAGACCUCAGCAGGCAGUCAGUAGAAGUUCCGGGAGGGGAGUAUGCCAGGAUAUCUGUACUGUGUAAAGAUGGGAAGCUGGAAGAGACAUUGUGUGGCGAUGUGAACACAUUAUACGAGUGCUUCCAGAGGGGAUUGAAGGUGUCCAACAAUGGUCCUUGCCUUGGAUGGAGGACCAGCCCUACAGGUCCCUAUGAGUGGAUUACAUACGGUGAUGUUGCAGAGAGAGCACGUAAUUUUGGCUCCGGACUGAUAGCCAGAGGUCUGCAGCCCAACCCGGAGACUUUCCUGGGGAUUUUCUCCCAGAACAGGGUGGAGUGGACAGUGACAGAGCAGGCCUGUAACAUGUACAACAUGGUGGUGGUACCUCUGUAUGACACCCUGGGACCACAGGCUAUUACAUUCAUUGUCAACCAAGCAAAACUGAGCACCAUCGUGUGUGAUAAGUCAGAGAAGGCCGUCAAGUUGUUGCAGAGUGAAGGAAUUUCGUGCAUCAAGUGUAUCAUGGUCGUGGAGGCCAUCUCUGAGGAUGCACGGAAGAUGGCUGAAGAGUGCCAUGUUGAAAUAGUGCCUUUUUCUGAUGUAGAGGAACAAGGAAAACAAAACCCACAAGAAGCUGUGCCUCCCAAACCAGAUGAUCUCUGCACAAUUUGUUACACCAGUGGAACAACAGGGAACCCCAAAGGUGCAAUGCUGUCACACAAGAACAUUGUGGCAGGAUGUGCAGGUGUAGCUGUGACUUUUGAGCAAAAGUUCACCAUGACUUCUGAAGAUGUACACAUCUCCUAUCUUCCCCUGGCACAUAUAUUUGAGAAACUUGUGCAGUGUUACCUGUUCUGCAAUGGAGCGAGAAUUGGUUUCUUCCAAGGUGAUGUGAGGAAACUGACUGAUGACAUCAAAGAGCUCCGUCCCACCAUCUUCGCCACAGUGCCGAGGCUUCUGAACAGAAUAUAUGACACGGUCAUGACAAAGGCGGCCAACGCUGGCGUUGUCAAGCGCCUUCUCCUGAACAUGGCGCUCAAAAGGAAGGAAGCAGCAAUGAACAGGGGGGUCUUCAACAACCAGACAAUGUGGGACAAACUGGUCUUCAAGCCAAUACAGGAGAACCUGGGAGGCCGUGUGAAGUACAUAGUAACGGGUGCCGCCCCCCUAUCCCCUGCCAUCAUGAUGUUUAUGAGGAGUGCCAUGGGCUGCUUAGUGUUUGAGGGUUAUGGACAGACAGAGACAUCAGGAGCAGCUACUGUUACAUUCCCAAUGGACUUCAGUAUUGGUCAUGUGGGCAUCCCCCUGGCCUGCUUGAAGAUCAAACUAGACGACGUCCCAGACAUGAACUACUACGCCAAAGACGGGAAAGGAGAGAUCUGUGUGAAAGGGGCGAACGUGUUCAAGGGUUACCUGCACGAGCCAGAGAAGACAGCGGAGACAAUAGAUGCCAACGGAUGGUUACAUACAGGCGACAUCGGUGCAUGGACUCCACAAGGAACUCUGAAGAUCAUUGACAGGAAGAAACAUAUCUUCAAACUUGCUCAGGGAGAAUACAUUGCCCCAGAGAAGAUAGAAGGUGUGUACCUGCAGAGUCCACUGGUGGCACAGGUGUUCGUGCAUGGAGAGAGUUUGCAGGCCUGCCUGGUGGGAGUGGUGGUGCCUGGUGAGCAGACCUUCCCUCAACUGGCAUCUUCCAAGGGUAUCACAGGGGACAUGGCAGAGCUCUGCAAGAAUGCGGACCUGAAGAAGGAAGUAAUGGACAGCAUCACAGCGCUGGGGAAGAAAUCAGGCCUGCACUCAUUUGAACAGGUGAAAGACCUUUACCUGUGCCCAGAGCCCUUCUCAGUAGAGAAUGGACUCCUCACUCCCACCUUCAAGUCCAAGCGGCCGCAGCUGAAGGAUUUCUUCAAGAACGAGAUCACAGAGAUGUACAGCAAGCUCACGUAAAAUCACAACGUGAUGAUUGACAGCUGUCAAUUAGGGUAAUCAACCUUCUGCCUCAAGUUUUGCAUCACAUGACUGCUUUUGUCUGUAUCACAAAAAAAGUUCUGAUUUCUUUUUGCUAUGAGGAAAUCCUUAUAUAAGGCCACACCAAUUUCAUUUGUUGGUUCUCGAAUUCGCCUCUUCAUCUUUUCCUGAUUUGCAAAAAAAAAAAUAUUCUGGUUCUGAAUCAGCUCAAAAAUACUCAUAUUUUG